GGAGUCAUCGUCAAGUGACACGUCAAUCACGAUGACGUCAUGAAGAUGUUAACUCAAUCACCAAACUGGACAUAACCGGUUUAUAACCAGUCUAACUGGAAAUAACAUUUUUUACCACCGCCCCCAAACUUCCGUACUUAUGCUUCAAAGUUCUUUUAUGAACAACGCAAACCCGCAAAGCGAAACAAGAAAUUGAAUAUUGAGAAGUUUUUUAUUUCCACUGUGACCAUGGACGACCUUUCACGUGGUGAUAAAAGAGUUGAAGAAGAACCAAGAAGAGGGGAGGAGCGAAAUAAUGAGAAGGAGAGGUCACGCAGGCCACGAGUGUUGACAGAAGAACAAAGAGCUCGGCAAAGACAGCGUGACCUUGUACUCACAGAGGAGCAAAGAGUGCGAAAAAGACAGACGAGCUCCGAGUACAGGUUAAGUGGUAAGCAAAGAGUCCGGAAAAAGCAAAAGGACUCGGAGUACGAACUAGAUGACGAGCAGAGAGCUCGUAAGAGGCAGAGAAACUUAGAAACACUCAACGCCCAGCGUGCAAUGAUGGCAGAAGACAGCUUGUUUGCUCAAAGGCAAAGAGAAAGGGCUCGUGAGCGACAGAGGGCAUCUAGACUCAGGAGAAAACAACAGAGGCAGCCCUCCACUACUACCGCUUUUGUUGGUGAGUUUUCUUUGAGUGUCUAUAUUGUAUCGAUAUUCUUUUGUAAUUGUAUCGAUAUUCUUAUUUGUUUUCUUUCUUCUUCUUAG